AUGAAGCAGAAGAGAAGCUCCAAUAAGCGCAAUAUCCCCUGGGACGCUGAUAAUUCCACGCCGGACGGACUGUCGUCGCUGGGUGUUCUUCUACGGUGGUUCUCCACACCUGGAAACUACGCAAACUACCACCAAGGCGGGCAGAACAAAGCCGACGCCGUUCAGUUCAUUCUCGCUGCGAUGGAGGAGCACGGAAUCUACCACCGCACUGCACGUGGCGUGGCCCAGAAGGUGGGGGCGAUUGUGCAGCAGUAUCUGGCUGCACUGAAGGUUAUGGUCGACAAAGACCUGCUGAGCGCCUACGUGGACCAAGAGGACAUCGACGAGCGCGUGGAAGCCAAGAUACAGCAGCGCUGUCCGCACUACCGCAUUGUAGCCCCCGUGCUGAGCCAAUUCAACUUCUGCAGUAAGACGCCAAAAGACUGGACGGCGAGCAACGGCAGCGAAGACAGCGACGACGUGGAGCAGCGAACGAGAACUGGCGCGUCGAAACGCAAGGGCAAGGCGAAGUCAAGCGCUGGGCUGCGCUCGAGCAAGCGUCGCUGCAGCCCCCACGUUGAGGAGCAGCUACUCUACAACGCAGAGCCUGAUGAAGGCCAAGAUACUGUGGUCGAGUGCACGGACCUUGUGCCUCGAGAGGAGCAGAGAGCUGUUGACGUUCCGUCGCUCGAGCACCGGCGCCAGACGGAAGAGUGCGAGCUGCAGUAUGUGCGGAAGAUGACUCACAGACUACUCGUGCACGAGCGGGAGAUGCAGGAGUGCGAGCUCAAGCUCGAGCAGUACCGCGUCGAAGUCGGGAUGCAGCAAGCGGAGCUGGAGAAACGCCGCAGCGAGAUGGGCUUCAAGGUUGACACUGUGUUGUCGCGACAAACUCUGAAAGACAGACGAGUCUCCAAGGCGGAGAUCGACCAUAUCCUGCCACUACCCGAGCCGUGA